UAAGUGUCCCGAAUUAUAACGCAACCGUCAUCGUCUUGUUCUUGUAUCGUCUGUCAAAUGUAAAAGAUUCUUAUCAAGGUGUCUUCAUCGAAUCUGGUCGAAUCUGGUCUUGGUGAUUUAUGUGACAAUAUUUCGCUGAUUAAUGAAGCUAUCCGUGGCGUCGACGCGUCCUUUGCUACGUGCAUACUCCACAGUGUCCAAGCAUCAUGGCGACAUGAUCAACUCUGCUUUAAAGGCCGAGGUGGUGUUGUCAGAGAGCAAUCGUAAAACUUGUAUCGAAAGAUUCAGAUCGAUGCAGUUUCCAAAGAUGCGUAACAAGGAUGUUCCAGAAGCUGCCAUUUUGAUCCCAUUAUGCUCUUACAAAGGAGAACUUGGUCUCUUAUAUACAUUACGAUCCAUAAAGCUCAGAUCUGGUGGAGGACAGGCAUCCUUCCCAGGUGGUAUGCGUGACAAGAGCGAUGCUGACUUGCAGGAAACUGCUCUGCGAGAGACAUGGGAGGAGCUGAAGAUUCCCAAGGAGAAGAUAGAUGUAUGGACUACAGGGAAUCUUAUCGGCAAAACAAAUGUCAAUGUAAUGCCUAUACUGGCUUACGUUGGCGAGGUGGUGCCGGAGCAAUUGGAGAUCAAUCAUGACGAAGUGGAUGAAGCAUUCGUGAUCAGUUUGCAAAAGUUAUCCGAUCCCGAGCUAUGUAGUUUUACAUAUUUUCGUAAGGUCAAUCUCACCUUGCCGAAUUAUUUGGGCGGUAAAUACCGUGUCUGGGGAUUCACCGGUGCUAUUACGCAUUUUGUUCUCGAAUGUUUAAUACCAGAGGUCUAUAAAAACAAGAUCCUUAAUGUACAGCCACUCAGAAAAGAUUUGCAUAGAGAGAUGACGGAAACCAAAAGGACUUUUGAACAAGAUGCAACACGAUCAAAACUAUGAAGAAGUUUGAAAUUUAGUUCUGCUCAUAUUGCGACGCUAUAGAUUUCUAUGUGUGAAUGAAGUUAACAAUUACGAUAUUUUUUAAAGCGUUGCACGAAAGUUAAUCUCUCAUAAGAAUUAUAUCGAUUUUAAUUAUGUUUGUACAAAACUUGUAAUACACACACACAUCAUAUACAUAUAUAUACAUAUAUAUAGUACCUGUGAUUUUAAUAGAUGUUAAAAACAAAAAACUGAAUUAAUUAUAGAUAUCUAUUUUUUAACACUAGAUUGGAAAUAAAAUAAAUAUAUAUUUUUC